ACCCACAAACCAAAUCUCUCAUCCUUAUCUCAAACUUUUACUGCUUAUUAAUAAUAGUAAUAAGAUCCAUCAAUUUCCCCACCCAGAAACCUCUUAUCCAUGGCCACUACUACUGUUCAUCAAAUAACAAUGUUUCUUCUUCUUCUAAUUUCUGCACUAGCCUCUUCCCUAGCUGCUGCAAAUGUUCCUGCUUCAAGAAGCCCAGAUAUCCUGGUAGCCAUUGAAGAGAUGCAGAAAGCCAACUACUUCACCUUCGUGAUGCUUAUCAACAUGGCUCCCCUUGAUCUCUUCCAAGCCAAUAUCACUUUCUUGAUGCCCAAUGACCGGACGCUCUCCCGAGCGAUUAUACCAGAGAGCGAUGCCGUUAACUUCCUGCUCCGGCACACCAUCCCUUCAGCGUUGCUGUUUGAGCACCUCCAGCAUUUCCCCACCGGCUCCAUGAUCCCAACUUCCAAGCCUGAUCUUAUGCUCCGGGUCACCAACUAUGGGAGACGCCAGUUUUUCCUCAACACCUCUCGGCUCAUUAGUCCUAAUAUCUGCACCAGAGGGUCUUCCGUCAGGUGCCAUGGCAUUGAUGGGGUUCUGCAGGAGGCCACAAUAAUGGCAAAUGCCUCGCCGCCCCACACGGCUACUUCUCCUCCCGCUGCUAGCGCUGCACCACCCCCCUCAGCUGACCCCGCACCUACACCGCCGCGCACCGGCCAUGAUUCCAGUCCACUGCUCAUUCCUCCACCGGCUGGGUAUGGGGGCGGUUCAAACAGCAGCAACAGCGGACCAAAAUGGGGGUUUUCGGGUUCUCACUGGAUGUGCAUUAUUCAUCUGAUGAUGAUAAGUGUUUACGUUAAUCUUUUAAUCAUAGCGUGAUGAGUUAGUUGGGUAGAA